AGGAAGGGACGGAGUUCUCGCGAGGGGCGAGAGCGACGCGGAGCGGCCGCGGUUCGGAACCGGGACCGGGACCGGGAUUGAGACCGGGAUUGAGACCGGGAGCGGGACCGGGAUCAGGGAUCGGGACCGGGAAUCGCCACAGGACCGGCAGCGGCACCGGGGAAAGCGGGGGCCGUGCCGCGAGCGGCGCCGGCAGCGCCACAGGCGGCGGCGGAGGCCGGGCAGGCCAGGCCGCGGAGCGUGAGGGAGGCGGCGGCGGCGGGAGAGCGGCGGGAGCGCUCGGGACACCCCCGGAGCCCUCAGGGCACCCCCCGAGCCCUGAGCGCGCUCCUUGAGCCCCUCAGAGCUCCCCGAGCCCCCCCGGUCCCCUGAGAACCGCGGGAAGCGCUCCCUGAGGAGCCCCGGAGCCCCCGCCAUGUCGGACAGCGAGGAGAGCAACUUCUCUGAGGAGGAGAGCGAGCGCAGCAGCGACGACGGCGACGACAACGAGGCCGAGGAGCAGCGCGGGGGGGGCAGCGGGAAGGAGGAGGCUGAGGAAGAGGAGGAGGAGGAGGAGGAGGAAGAGGAGGAGGAGUACGAUGAGGAGGAGGAGGAGGAGGAAGACGAUGAUCGGCCGGCCAAGAAACCGCGGCACGGGGGGUUCAUCCUGGACGAGGCCGAUGUGGAUGAUGAGUAUGAGGAUGAAGAUCAGUGGGAGGAUGGGGCUGAGGACAUCCUGGAGAAAGAGGAGAUCGAAGCUUCCAACAUCGACAACGUGGUGCUGGACGAGGAUCGCUCCGGGGCGCGGCGCCUGCAGAACCUCUGGAGGGACCAGCGUGAGGAGGAGCUGGGCGAGUACUACAUGAAGAAAUACGCCAAGUCCUCGGUGGGGGAGACGGUUUACGGCGGCUCUGACGAGCUCUCUGAUGACAUCACCCAGCAGCAGCUGCUGCCCGGCGUCAAGGACCCCAAUCUCUGGACGGUGAAGUGCAAGAUCGGGGAGGAACGCGCCACCGCCGUCGCUCUCAUGCGCAAAUUCAUCGCAUACCAGUACACGGAGACGCCGCUGCAGAUCAAGUCGGUGGUGGCCCCCGAGCACGUGCGGGGGUACCUGUACGUGGAGGCCUACAAGCAGACGCACGUCAAGCAGGCCAUCGAGGGCGUGGGCAACCUGCGGCUGGGCUACUGGAACCAGCAGAUGGUGCCCAUCAAGGAGAUGACCGACGUCCUCAAGGUGGUCAAGGAGGUGACCAACCUCAAACCAAAGGCCUGGGUGCGCCUCAAGAGGGGAAUCUACAAGGAUGACAUCGCACAGGUGGAUUACGUGGAGCCCAGCCAGAACCAGAUCUCCCUCAAGAUGAUCCCCAGGAUCGACUUCGACCGAAUCAAAGCCCGGAUGAGCCUGAAGGACUGGUUUGCCAAGCGUAAGAAGUUCAAGCGGCCGCCCCAGCGCCUCUUCGACGCCGAGAAGAUCCGGUCCCUGGGUGGGGACGUGGCCUCCGACGGCGACUUCCUCAUCUUCGAGGGGAACCGCUACAGUCGGAAGGGUUUCCUGUUCAAGAGCUUCGCCAUGUCGGCUGUGAUCACCGAGGGGGUCAAGCCCACCCUGUCCGAGCUGGAGAAGUUCGAGGAUCAGCCCGAGGGCAUCGACCUGGAGGUGGUGACCGAGAGCACGGGGAAGGAGCGCGAGCACAGUUUCCAGCCCGGUGACAAUGUCGAGGUGUGCGAGGGGGAGCUGAUCAACCUGCAGGGGAAAAUCCUCAGCGUGGACGGGAACAAGAUCACGAUACUCCCAAAACACGAGGAUCUGAGGGACAUGCUGGAGUUCCCGGCGCAGGAGCUGAGGAAAUAUUUCCGCAUGGGCGACCACGUCAAGGUGAUCGCCGGGAGAUUCGAGGGCGACACCGGGCUCAUCGUCAGGGUGGAGGAGAACUUCGUCAUCCUCUUCUCUGACCUCACCAUGCACGAGCUGAAGGUGCUGCCCCGGGAUCUGCAGCUCUGCUCCGAGACGGCCUCGGGGGUGGAUGUUGGGGGGCAGCACGAGUGGGGGGAGCUGGUGCAGCUGGACCCCCAAACCGUGGGGGUGAUCGUGAGGCUGGAGAGGGAAACCUUCCAGGUGCUGAACAUGUACGGGAAGGUGGUGACAGUUCGUCACCAGGCUGUCACCAGGAAGAAGGACAAUCGCUUCGCGGUGGCGCUGGACUCGGAGCAGAACAACAUCCACGUCAAGGACAUCGUCAAAGUCAUCGACGGCCCCCACUCCGGCCGUGAGGGUGAAAUCCGUCACCUGUUCCGGGGUUUUGCGUUCCUGCACUGCAAGAAGCUGGUGGAGAACGGGGGGAUGUUCGUGUGCAAGACGCGGCACCUGGUGCUGGCCGGGGGCUCCAAGCCCCGUGACGUCACCAACUUCGCCAUGUGCGGCUUCGUGCCGAUGUCGCCCCGCAUCAGCAGCCCCAUGCACCCCAGUGGGGCGGGGCAGCGGGGUGGAUUCGGGGCCGGGGGGCUGAGCCGGGGCCGCGGCCGGCGCGACAACGACCUCAUCGGGCAGACGGUGCGGAUCUCCCAGGGACCCUACAAAGGUUACAUCGGGGUGGUGAAGGACGCCACGGAGUCGACGGCGCGGGUGGAGCUGCACUCGACCUGCCAGACCAUCUCCGUGGACAGGCAGCGCCUGACCACCGUGGGGUCCCGGCGCCCCGGGGGUCUCACCUCGGCCUACGGGAGGACCCCCAUGUACGGCUCCCAGACCCCCAUGUACGGCUCGGGGUCCCGAACCCCCAUGUACGGAUCCCAGACCCCGCUGCACGACGUUCCGGCUCCCGGCUCAGCCGCUGCUGCCCAGUUCCCCCAGUGCCCGCUCCCAGUUCCCCCAGCGCCCGUUACCGGCGCCCCCGGUACCCGUUACCGGCUCUCCCAGUUCACCCAGUACCGACCCCCAGCGCUCCCAGCGCCGCCGUUGCUCCCAGUGCUCCCAGUAGCGAUCCCCGCUCACCUCAUGCUGGCGGCGGCGGCCGGUCCGGGCCCUUCCGGUGGCGGCGGGGGCCGGACCCGCCGGUGGCGGCGAGAGGCCCCGCCCCCCAUGGGCCCCGCCCCUCCCGGUAACGGCGGCGGCGACCGGAGCGGCCCCGGGGCUCCUUAA